AAACAACGAAACCAUUUCUACAGUAUGAUUGGAUCUUGUUGUGGGAGUUGGUGAGUUGUUGACAUUUCAACCCAAUACGACUGUGUUCCUAUAAGAAACCAUCCAAAACGAAUAUAGAAAACUUGAAAAAUGUCUUCCAAUAAUAUGUUGUAUAGUAACCUUGGGAAGAGCGGCAUCUUGGUAUCCAAGCUUUCUUUCGGUUCUUGGGUAACCUUUAACGAACAACUGGAUUUGGAUCAGGCAUAUUUGUUAAUGAAAAGAGCAUAUGAGUUGGGUUGUAACUUUUUUGAUAACGCAGAAACUUACGCAGCAGGUGCCGCAGAAAUGAUUAUGGGCCAAGCUUUUCAAAGAGGUAUACAAGAAGGUAUAUGGAGUAGGGAAGAUUUGUUCUUUUCUACCAAGAUAUUUUUUGGUGGUCGAGGUUCAAGAGAUACUGUCAAUUCCAAGGGUUUGUCACGAAAACAUGUGGUUGAAGGUCUUCGUGCAUCACUGAAUAGAAUGAAUCUAAAGUAUGUCGACAUUGUAUUUUGUCAUCGUCCGGAUCCUUUGACACCCAUCGAAGAGACUGUGCGAGCUAUGAAUCAUGUUAUCAAUCGUGGUUGGGCUUUUUAUUGGGGUACAAGUGAGUGGUCUGCACAAGAAAUAACUGAAGCUUGUCGCGUUGCAGAUACUUGUGGACUAUUCCGUCCACUAUGUGAACAACCGCAAUAUCAUAUUUUUCACAGACAUCGGCUGGAAAUUGAAUAUGAACCGCUGUAUAAAGAAUUCGGUAUUGGAACUGCUACUUGGUCACCUCUAGCAUGGGGUAUUUUGACGGGGAAGUAUAGUGGUAAGAAUAUUCCACAAGGUUCAAGACUUUCAUUAUCCAAAUACAGUUCUUUGAGACAACGAGUUUUUAAUGAGAGAGCUUGGCAACUAGAAAUUACAGACUCCUUGAAGCCGAUAGCAGAGGAACUUGGUUGUACUUUGGCACAAUUGGCUAUUGCAUGGUGUGCAGCGAAUCCUAAUGUUUCAACAGUAAUAACUGGAGCUACCAAGUUGGAACAAUUGGAAGAAAAUUUUCGAGCUAUUCAGUUGGUUCCCAAACUAUCAGCAGAGAAAAUGAAACUCAUCGAUGAAGUUACAGGCACGAAGCCAGACUACAAUGCAGAAAUGAAAAUGGCACGUCGCAUUCGAGGUUUGGAAAGAUGAGAAGAUAGGGGAACUAUAACAAGGGUUGAAGAUGCUCUCUUUCUACGUGGAAUAAUGAAAUCGACUCCAAGUCAUUUAUUCAGUAAAAAGUAUUCAUACUGUAACCGAAACACAACACCUAAUCUGAACCCAUUAAAAUAUCCUGUGAGAGC